CUGUCUCGUCUACAUCGAGUUUUCGCUACAUCUAACAGUCAAUCAACUGGAUCUUACUUCAGUACUGAAACAUAUGGAGGAUUGGAGAGAUAGGGGCACAUUUUGAAACUAUCGUUACACAUUGCGAGAAGGGGUUUGAAAUGAAAUUACAUGUGUGACUAGUGUUUUAGAGCAGGAAACGUAAGUCCAUGUUUUCCUGCACUUCUCGCUCAGGAAAAGCACUCGAUACUGACACUAAACCUCCUUGUCACGACUGACGGCCAUGUCACAUCCUCAUACGACUAUGGAGAAAGGGUUUCUUUUGGCAGCCAUUAUUUUUACGAUCUUCGUUUGUGUGACUUAUGGUCAGACCUGUGGUGGACGAAGAUGUGGUGAUUGUGUUAUUAAUGGCACAAACUGUCAUUGGUGUGCUCAAGAGGGAUUCAAUGGAACCCGAUGCGGAACUUUAGAGGAACUGAACAGGAAUAAUUGCACAGACAUUAAAAGUAGGAAAAAACAGAGAAUAGAUCUGAUCAAGAAUGAAGUUGUUCAAGACCGUACAGGCAAUGAUACAUCUGAUGCGAUACAGCUUCAACCACAACAUGUCAAAGUUUACCUUAAUCCCAAUGACGAUAUGUUAACGUGGAAUAUCACAUACCGUGUGGCUCGGAAUUAUCCAGUUGAUCUCUACUUUCUGGCUGACCCGUCUAAUACCAUGAUUGCUUUCCGAAAAGCACUAGCAUCACUGGCUGGAGAGAUCGGCAGAGCUGUAGGCGACAUGACAGAAGACUACAGAUUUGGUUAUGGAACAGCGAUGGAGAAAACUGUUUUGCCUUUCACACAUUCCUCCCCAAAACAUCUAGAGAAUCCAUGUGGAGACUUUGGGGGUGUUUGUGCUUCGCCCUAUGCCUUUAAACAUUCCAUGAAACUUGCAAAGGACAUUCCAGAAUUUGUGAGACAAGUUACAGCUACCAAUGACAGUGCUAACUACGAUUCCCCAGAAGGAGGAUUUGAUGGCUUGAUGCAGGUUAUGGUCUGUCCCGAGCUGAUUGGCUGGAGAAACCGCUCACGUCGUCUCCUUAUCUAUGCCACCGAUAGUGACUACCACUACGCCGGCGACGGAAGGCUGGCAGGGAUUGUUACACCAAACGAUGGAAGAUGUCACACAGAUUCUGUGACUAACAUGUACACCAAAGCUCUGGAACAGGAUUACCCAUCUGUCGGCCAGAUCAAAGAGAAAGUUAAAGAAAACCAAAUCAUCCUGCUGUUUACAGUCGGAGCUGCAGCAAUUGAUGCCUAUGCAAAGGUUGUGGAAGAGAUCGGUCAACAGUCCAGUGCCCAGAAACUUGAUCUUAGGGACUCCUCAAACAUCACCCGAAUCAUACAGAACACCUACAGGACCAUCCGGGAGAGUGUGAAGAUCCUGAUUGAGGAAAGAGAUGAUAUCUAUUAUGAACUCAGGUCAAACUGUGGAUCAGGAAGUGACAUUCUUCAACAACAAAGCAGCUGUGAAAAAGUAGGAGUUGGAAAACCAAUAAGGUUCGAGAUGAAGAUGCGUUACAAGGGUACAGAAUGCUCCAAGGAUCCAAACCAAUGGACGGAAAGUUUUAAAAUCAAUCCAGAGGGGCUGAAGGAUGAGCUGAUUGUGGACGUAGCCUACAACUGUCAGUGUGAUUGUCAACUUCCUGGUCAAGCGGAAGAAAACAGUAAAAAAUGCAACGGUUUUGGUACAUUUGAGUGUGGAGUGUGUACUUGUAACGAGGGCUGGUCUGGAGAUAACUGUACUUGUGAUGAACGACAGACAGACAUUGUGGCAUGUUCGCCAAGUGGAGGGAAUGAGACACUGGACACCAGUAUCUGUAGUGGACGAGGUGAAUGUCGCUGUGGACGGUGUGAGUGUGACCAACCGGAAUUCAUCAGCGGAGAGUUCUGUCAAUGUAACGCCAAAAAAUGUGGUGUCCUCAAUGACCCCUGUUCAGGUAACGGUUUAUGUGAGUGUGAUGUUUGUCACUGUAAUGAAGGCUUUACAGGAAGGCAUUGUGAUUGUCCUCUGUCCACUGCCACCUGUGAGAACAAUGGGACCAUUUGCUCUGACAAUGGUGACUGCCAGUGUGGGAAAUGUGUUUGUAACUCAUCAUAUACUGGGAUUCUGUGUGACCAAUGUACGACUUGUGCUGAGGGUCUCUGUGACAGUAAUCGUGCCUGUGCCAUGUGUGUGCUAAAGGAUGAUGGGAAAUCUGGUGAUAUGACCAGGGAGGAAUGCGAACGUGACUGUCAACACGUCACACUGGUCAGCGACUUGGACUCUGUGAGAAGAAAUGAUUCCAAGACAUGUAAAUUCAAAGGUGCUGAUCAAUGUGUGAUGUCAUUCAUCCUUCACACUGUCAAUAAUGAACAAGUGGUGUUUGUCAAGGAAACCACAGCUUGCCCACCGAAGCCAGCUAAUGUUUUGAUACUUGCCAUCUCAAUAUCUGCUGCUGUGUUCCUGGUGGCAAUCAUACUACUGUUGCUAUGGAGAGUGUUUGCCUACUUCUACGACACCAUGGAAUACUCCAAGUUUGAACAAGAAAUCAAAAAUCCUAAAUGGGGCUUUGAUGACAACCCUCUGUUUGUUAGUCCAACGUCCCGAUAUGAAAACCCAAUGUGUGACAAGCCAGGUGAUGGAGGAUUCUGAUAAAAUGUCAGGUGUGACUUUAUCCUUUGUAAGGCUUCAUCACAAUUUCCUUGUAAACAUCAUUUGUACCUUUGGAUGUUUCAUCCUCUGUAGGGUACAUGAGGUACAUGUCUGGUCUUAUAUUAUAAAAUGAGCUGAUAUGUAUAUCUGGCGAAGUUUGUAAUAUAUGACUAGACAUGUCUCUGUGUGUAUGGCGUGGCCAGUGGUAAGCAUCAACUGUAACCUUGGAUGUUUUGACCUCUGAUGUGUGUGGACAGGACUGACACAUUAACAACAAUUUUGGAUGUUUUAUCCCUAGUAAAGCAUGCAAUGGAUUCUUAAUUGAACUGUGACCUUGGAUGUUUCUUCCUCUGUAGGUCAUGGACAGGAUUAUGUAAAACAUCAACUGUAACUUUUGAUGUUUCCUCCUCUGUAGGAUGUAGACAGGAUGAGGUAAAACAUCAACUGUGACCUUGGAUGUUUCUUCCUCUGUAGGUCAUAGACAGGAUUAGGUAAAACAUCAACUGUGACCUUGGAUGUUUUGUCCUCUGUAGGUCGUGGAGAGGAUUAAGAAAAACAUCAACUGUGACCUUGGAUGUUUCCUCGUCUGUUGGUCGUGGACAGGAUUGAGUAAAACAUCAACUGUGACCUUGGAUGUUUCGUCCUCUGUAGACCGUAGACAGGAUUAGGUAAAACAUCAACUGUGACCUUUGAUGUUUCUUCCUCUGUAGGGCGUAGACAGGAUUAGGUAAAACAUCAACUGUGACCUUGGAUGUUUCUUCCUCUGUAGGGCGUGGACAGGAUUAGGUAAAACAUCAACUGUGACCUUGGAUGUUUCGUCCUCUGUAGGGACUGUGGACAGGAUUAGGUAAAACAUCAACUGUGACCUUUGAUGUUUCUUCCUCUGUAGGGCGAGGACAGGAUUAGUUAAAACAUUCAACUGUGACCUUGGAUGUUUCCUCGUCUGUAGGGCGUGGACAGGAUUAGGUAAAACAUCAACUGUGACCUUGGAUGUUUCGUCCUCUGUAGGGCGUGGACAGGAUUAGGUAAAACAUCAACUGUGACCUUGGAUGUUUCGUCCUCUGUAGGACCGUGGACAGGAUUAGGUAAAACAUCAACUGUGACCUUUGAUGUUUCUUCCUCUGUAGGGCAUGGACAGAAUUAGGUAAAACAUCAACUGUGACCUUGGAUGUUUCGUCCUCUGUAGGGCGUGGACAGGAUUAGGUAAAACAUCAACUGUGACCUUGGAUGUUUCCUGGUCUGUAGGGUGUGGACAGACUUAGGUAAAACAUCAACUGUGACCUUGGAUGUUUCCUCGUCUGUAGGUCGUGGAGAGGAUUAUGUAAAACAUCAACUGUGACCUUGGAUGUUUCGUCCUCUGUGGGUCGUGGACAGGAUUAGGUAAAACAUCAACUGUGACCUUGGAUGUUUCCUCGUCUGUAGGGCGUGGACAGGAUUAGGUAAAACAUCAACUGUAACCUUGGAUGUUUCCUCCUCUGUAGGUCGUGGACAGGAUUAAGUAAAACAUCAACUGUGACCUUGGAUGUUUCGUCCUCUGUAGGGCGUGGACAGGAUUAAGUAAAACAUCAACUGUAACCUUGGAUGUUUCCUCCUCUGUAGGGUGUGGACAGAAUUAGGUGAAACAUCAACUGUGACCUUGGAUGUUUUGUUUCGUCCUCUUCCUGAGAUUUGCGAAACAUCAACUGUUUCUUCUUCUGAGUGUGGACAGAAUCUCUUAAUGAAACAUCUAUUUAUAACUUGUUGUCACCGUCUGUUGACUGUGUUUUGAUGACGUAGAUUAACCUCACAUAUCUGUCCCAAAAUCAUAUAUUAUCAGACAUCAUCUUAAAAGUUAAUACUCAGACGCCUACAGACGGAAGUCGUGUCUUCUAAUUGGUACAUUCAAAACACAUCACAAACAAGACUUCUACUGAAAAUAGAUUGUAUGAUUAUUGUGUGUGAAUCUUCGACAAGUUCUGCCGUUUUGAAAUACAAAUAUCAUGAUCAAAA